AUGCUUCGACCUCUGGUUGGGCUUUUGUGUUUCCUGGUCUUGCUUGGAUGGCUGCCUGCCACAUCUACCUCUCAACAUAUUCAUUACAACCAUGAUCAUCUAGACAAACGGCGCAAUAUUACAGAGAGUCAUGGAACUACAACAUCCGCCGAAGGUAUAGUACAAGAGGCUCUGAAGGCUUUGAGAAUAGCCAACAAGCUUCGAGUGGAAAAUCCACAGCCCAAUAAAUACGAGCUCCAGGGUACUGGUUUUGAACAGAGAAAAACAUCUUCUGUUCCACUUUCAGAUUAUUUGGAUUCUACAAAAGAUGCCUUACUUGGUCAGCUACGCAAGAGUGGAUCAACUAACGGCUCGAUCUCCCGGGAAUCGAGUCCAAAGUACGGCUACACCCUAUCCCCUGCUCUCAUAAGUGCCGCCAAAGAGGUUGCCGAGUCCGAGAAGCCAAGUGAUUGGGAUGUCGAUUACGCCUCGAUUGCUGCCAAAAUCAAGGCUAAAUGGAGCCAGGGUAGCAACGACACAAAUGCAAUGGCCCAGAAGUUAUUUCGGCCCAAUGGCUUGGAAGGAUAUGCUCAUUCCGAGCAACCCGAGGGGAUCCAAUCCCAGGUUCAUCAAGAGAAGGGCAAAAGGGACUCUCCCCAUUGGAUGGCGAGCAUGGAACAGAAUGGGGCAAGUCCUUUCGCAGAGAAGGGUUACCAGGUUUGGAGAAACGUCCUCGAUUAUGGGGCUAAAGGCGAUGGAGUUACUGAUGAUACGGCGGCUAUCAAUCGAGCUAUAUCCGAUGGCAAUCGCUGCGGUGCCAAUUGCAAAUCUAGUACCAUCUAUCCGGCUGUGGUCUGGUUUCCCCCAGGUACCUAUCUCGUUAGCAGCCCGGUCAUUCAAUUUUACAACACGCAGUUGUUGGGAGACCCCACGAGCCUCCCCACCAUCUUGGCUGCUUCAAGCUUUGUUGGUCUUGGUGUGAUUACCUCGGAUGUCUACGUCGGAGACUCGGAAGGAUGGUAUCUCAACACAAACAACUUCUUGCGGAGCGUCAAAAAUUUCAAGAUGGACAUCACGCGUACAGACCAAUCAGCAUAUGUUUGUGCAAUUCAUUGGCAGGUCGCUCAAGGUACUUCCCUGGAGAACAUUGAAAUUUAUAUGGUGCAGCACGCCAAGGGAAACACUCAACAGGGAAUCUAUAUGGAGAACGGCAGUGGUGGCUUUCUAGCUGAUCUUACAUUCGUGGGAGGCAACUUUGGAGCAUACUUUGGAAACCAACAGUUUACCACGAGCCACUUGGUGUUUGUGAAUUGCAAGACUGCUCUUCAAAUUCACUGGGAUUGGGCAUGGACGAUGCAAGAUGUAGUAAUCGAGUCCUGCGAAACUGGAAUGCUUGUCACCGGUGGUGCGGGUGGAAGCCUCAGUACUGGCCAGCCACUUGGUUCACUCAUCUUGGUAGAUGCAAUCAUCGCCAACACACCAACUGGUAUUGUCACCUCGUUGCUCGCUGAUAUUUCAACCUCGUUACUUCUGCAAAACGUUGGAUUCUUCAACGUCAAGAAUUCCAUCACCGACAAUGUUCUUUCCAAGGUUCUCCUUGCAGGUGGAGACGAGGUCAAGCUCGAUAACUGGGCCUUUGGCCGGGUUAUGAAUGCCCAUGGAGAGAGCUCUUUCAUAGAUGGGGCCGCCAUUCCUACCAUGGACAGAGUGGAAUCUCUUCUAUCUACGGAGUUGGCGUACGUGAGGCCCAACUUUUAUACCCGCCGUCGUCCCAAGUAUACCGAUAUAGGCCAGAGCCAAAUUAUCAACCUGAAAUCUGCAGGUGCUAAAGGCGAUGGUGUGACAGAUGAUACCACAGCAUUGAACAGCAUCUUUUCCGCAGCUGCAAAUAUGUCGUCUAUCGUUUUUGUCCCAUUCGGGAUUUAUAGAGUGACCGACACCAUCAAAAUUCCUGUUGGAUCCCGAGUAAUAGGACAAGCCUGGCCACAGAUCAUGGGAGAAGGGAAAAGGUUUUCAAACCAGUUGGCUCGACGACCCGUUGUUCAGGUUGGAGAACCGGAUGAAUCAGGUGUAGUGGAAAUCCAGGACAUGAUGUUUACCGUGAAAAGUGCUACUGCAGGUGCCGUCCUGCUUCAAUGGAACGUUCAUGAGAUCACAAGAGGCUCAGCUGGACUUUGGGACUCUCAUUUCCGUGUCGGCGGAGCUAAGGGAUCCGGACUACAGGCAAGCGAUUGCCCUAAAGAUGGCGGCAUUAAUAUGAAUUGUAUUGCAGCCUCUGCUCUUCUUCAUAUCACUCCAACGGCAUCGGCCUACAUCGAGAAUUCCUGGGCUUGGGUUGCAGAUCAUGACUUGGAUGCAGAAAACGAAGCGCAAAUUGAUAUUUUCUCUGGUCGCGGAAUCCUCAUUGAAAGUCAAGGUCCAACCUGGCUUUAUGGCACUGCUUCAGAGCACAAUGUUCUCUAUCAGUACCAGUUGUCUCAAGCCAAGAGCGUGGUUAUGGGUAUGAUUCAAACCGAAUCUCCAUACUUCCAAGUGCAUCCGCAUGCGCCUUUGCCUAUUGUCGCGGGCGGCUUUGCAAACGACCCCUUCUUUGACGAAUGCGAAUCCUCUACAUCUGAUGGGUGUGCAGUAUCAUGGGCUAUGCGGAUUAUGGACUCGUCGAGUAUUUACAUUCUGGGGGCAGGACUGUACAGUUGGUUCUCGAAAUACUCCAAAGCAUGUCUUGACACAGAAGACUGUCAAAAUCGGGCCUUUGAGGUCGAGGAAAGCCAAGAUCUCUGGAUUUAUAACCUGGUCACGAAGGCAAUCGUUGAAAUGAUCAGUCCUUCAAACGAGAAGCCAACCCUAGCCAAAGAUAACAAAAAUGGGUUCAUGUCCUCGAUUCUUGCCUGGCUGAAGGGAUCAAGCAGCACUACCGGAAAACGCGUAUUCCCUGGGUUCACGAUAUAUCAAGCCGACGAAAUUCCGUUGACGUUUUCUGAUGCAUGUACCACUGCUCUCACCGCUACCGUUAAGUGUGAUCUCACUGUUUUCCGGUUCGGGGAGCCCAGAUACUACGGAUCUCUGGGAAAUGAUACUUUGACCGAUCUAGUGUGUGAUCCAAGUUGUGGUAACUCCCUGGCAAGCUGGUUCACAAACGCUGAAGCAAACUGUGGAGGAGCCACUAUUUUCGAUUACCCAGCUACAAUUGCGGGUGGAACUAUGUGGACCGGCUGGAAUGAGACAUGCUAUAAGGAUCCGGCGAGUGGAAAGUAUUGCAAUGAUAUCAUUAGCAACUUCACGGUCGUCUCGAGCGUUGAGCUCAUGCCACGAGACGAGAUGUGUUCUUACUGCUACAAGACAAAACUGCAGAUGAUGCAAUCAAGCCCCUACUCGUAUUACAACCAGCACUACAAAAACAAUCUCGAAACCGUGGUCGAAAAAUGUGGAUUUGAUUCCAACACCACGAUUCCAGAAGGCCUCGGUACCGCUGAGCCGGAAGACGAUGUGCUUUGUCCCGCCGGCAGCACAUAUACGACGAAAAGCGGCGAUACUUGCACGUCCAUUGCGCUUGACUACUCCCUCUCAUCCGCAGCUCUUUACAUGGGCAAUCAAGAUCUCAUCCGGGAUUGUGAUCAAGUCGUUGUUGGGAAAGAGUUGUGUCUCCCGCUCUCAUGCGCGCACACCUAUGUUUUGAAACCUAAUGACACUUGCCGCAGCAUUGAAGAAGCGAAUCAGGAAAUCUUGUUCGAUAAAAGCACCAAGAUCGUCACUGCUCUUCGUCAAUUCAACCCCUGGAUUGACACAUACUGCACCAAUCUUCACAGCACAGCUUGGGCUUACGGGAACGUGCUAUGCCUGGCUCCUCAAGCCGGAAACUUCGAGAACAUGGUUCCUGUCGAAACAUCAUACAACCCCUGGGGUACGGAGAGCUCUGGAUACGGUAUAUAUGCUGUUUUUGCUCCGCAAAAUGCGACGGUGGCAGCUGGGACCACAGAGCGUUGCGGAAGUUGGCAUGUGGCCACUGCUGGAGAAUCUUGCGCACAGAUUUGUGUACAAAACAAGAUCACGAGCAGUCUGUUCUUGGCAGUGAACCCUUCCUUGGAAUCGGCGACGUGUACGAAGCUUCUUGUGCCAGGAAGGGCGUACUGCGUUGCACCCAUGCGUGGAUGGGACUACACCCCGGAGGCAGAUUGA